UUAGCAUAAAGUCUUACACACACAGCUGACUAUCUACUCAGACCAAGUCGUCCUGAUCAGAUCAAUUCACACAGAUGAGGUUCUGAUUCGUACAAAAGGAAGGGGGGUUGCUCAUCAUGCAAAAUAAUGUAUUCAAUAGGGAAACAUUUUUUCUUCAUUAAGACCAGACUCAUGGUGCAUUUUAAAUCACAGUGCAGUACCCACUCAGCUUGUCCAAGAUCCAGCAGUUGUGUAAAACGUACACCCUGUAAUAACGUUAACCACCUCAGCCCUGGGCUCUGGAACUCUGGGCAGCGCAGCUGUUGCUGCCACUAACAGGUGGCGUAAAACAACAGCUCAGCUCGGCCGACUCACUCUCCAAACCCUCCGGCAGCCGAGUGUCCCUCCAGAGAGUGCCAGCGAGCAGCGCAGGCCGCCACUCCACCACCAGCCCAUGGAGCCCCGGCCACUCCUCCUGCUCCUCGGACUCUGCUCAGCUGGCCUCGUCCUGGGCUCCGAACAUGAGACUCGGCUGGUGGCAAAGCUCUUUGAAGGCUACAACAGCGUGGUACGGCCCGUGGAAGACCACCGCCAGGCCGUGGAGGUCACGGUGGGCCUGCAGCUGAUACAGCUCAUCAACGUGGAUGAAGUAAAUCAGAUCGUGACAACCAAUGUUCGUCUGAAACAGCAAUGGGUGGAUUACAACUUAAAAUGGAAUCCAGAUGACUAUGGUGGCGUGAAAAAAAUUCACAUUCCUUCGGAAAAGAUCUGGCGCCCAGACCUCGUUCUUUAUAACAAUGCAGAUGGUGACUUUGCCAUCGUCAAGUUCACCAAAGUGCUCCUGGACUACACCGGCCACAUCACAUGGACACCUCCCGCCAUCUUUAAAAGCUACUGCGAGAUCAUCGUCACCCACUUUCCCUUUGACGAACAGAACUGCAGCAUGAAGCUGGGCACCUGGACCUAUGAUGGCUCCGUGGUGGUCAUCAACCCGGAGAGCGACCAGCCAGACCUGAGCAACUUCAUGGAGAGCGGAGAAUGGGUGAUCAAGGAGUCGAGGGGCUGGAAGCACUGGGUGUUCUACGCAUGCUGCCCCUCCACCCCCUACCUGGACAUCACCUACCACUUCGUCAUGCAGCGCCUUCCCCUCUACUUCAUCGUCAACGUCAUCAUCCCCUGCCUGCUCUUCUCCUUCUUGACUGGCCUGGUGUUCUACCUGCCCACAGACUCAGGAGAGAAGAUGACCCUCAGCAUCUCUGUCUUGCUGUCCUUGACUGUGUUCCUUCUGGUCAUCGUGGAGCUGAUCCCUUCCACCUCCAGCGCCGUGCCCUUGAUUGGGAAGUACAUGCUGUUCACCAUGGUGUUUGUCAUCGCAUCCAUCAUCAUCACCGUCAUCGUCAUCAACACGCACCACCGCUCCCCCAGCACCCACGUCAUGCCCGAGUGGGUGCGGAAGGUUUUUAUCGACACUAUCCCAAAUAUCAUGUUCUUCUCCACGAUGAAAAGACCAUCCAGAGAAAAACAAGACAAAAAGAUUUUUACAGAAGACAUCGAUAUUUCUGACAUUUCUGGGAAACCAGGGCCUCCACCAAUGGGUUUCCACUCUCCCCUGAUCAAACACCCCGAGGUGAAAAGUGCCAUUGAGGGCAUCAAAUACAUCGCAGAGACCAUGAAGUCAGACCAGGAGUCCAAUAACGCGGCUGAGGAAUGGAAGUACGUUGCGAUGGUGAUGGACCACAUUCUCCUGGCAGUCUUCAUGCUCGUCUGCAUCAUCGGAACCCUGGCUGUGUUUGCAGGUCGGCUCAUUGAAUUAAAUCAGCAAGGAUGAGUGGAAAGCUGGGCUGAACCUCUGAACCAGGGAGAUCUGUCUAGUUGGAUACAUGCUCAUUUAUCAAAUAUUUAAUUUUCUGUAUUUAUUAUUCAUGGCAACAGUUUAUGUUUACAUAA